AAAAAGAAAAAAGAAGGAAAUUCACAUUUUAGGAAGGAUUCUUGCUCUUUAUUUUCUUUCUUGACAAAAGCAAGGCACAAACAUUAUGGAUAAGGAUCCCUUAGGUGUUGUGAUCAAUAGAGAAUGGUAACGAGGAUGAGCAGGACAUGUUAUAUUUAUAAAUUCAACUUGUUUUUUGACUUUGUUUUAAAGCAUCUCUUUGGCAAUGCACUUUCAUCCACUUACUUCCACGCUGAUAUGGAUGAAUUUGUAUUAAGAUAAAGCUCUAAUGCACAUCAAUCUUCAGUUGAGAGCUUGUCAUUAUUAACACCCUUAUCAAAAUGCAUCCUGACAGUGAUUAUGUAAUGGCCCACAGUACCUCUCAUAAACCACACACACGCACAAACACUUAAUGUGAGCAAAACUAUUGCUGCAGGGUGCUGCGGAAGGCAAAGUCCCUCCCCUUGAUUUCAUGAUCCGUUUUUCGCAGACCAGUGAGAGAGUGACUAAGAGAGAGAAGGAUGUAGAAGAGUAGUGAUGCACUGGUAUCCAGUCCUGAGCAAAGCUUGAACAACAUGCUGAGGAUUAAACAUCCAACAUCCCUUUAGGAGCACAAGGGCCAUUCGUUGUGUAAUUUUGGCAAAGAGAAAAGUACACUUCUUUCUCAGAGGGAGCAUAAUGGGAGUUGUUUUUUUAUCUGAAAGAACCCAAAGUGGAGUCAAGAACUUUCAUUAGCCAAUUCUUUUUUUUUUUCUCUAUCUGAGUAAAGGUAAAGGUUUGUAAAGAGCAGAAAUGUCUUCUUCUCCUGGUAUCAAGCGUCGGGAGCAUGUGGACAUGAUGUACAUCUCCAUUGAGACAGCUAUUGCCCUGGCCUCUGUGGUGGGUAAUGUGCUGGUGGUUUUGGCUGUGUGUGUGAACCGGGCUCUCCGCAACACCACCUUCUGCUUCAUCGUGUCUCUAGCCGUGGCUGAUAUUGCAGUAGGAGUUCUGGUCAUCCCUCUGGCUAUCAUCAUUAGCCUGGGAUUUAACACUCAGUUUUACACCUGCCUCUUCCUGUCCUGCCUGCUGCUGAUCAUCACCCAGAGCUCUAUCCUUUCCCUGCUGGCCAUCGCCAUCGACCGAUAUCUGCGAGUCAAGAUUCCCACCAGGUACACCACCAUAGUGACGCAGAGGAGGGCAUGUGUGGCAGUCUGUCUGUGUUGGAUCCUCUCCUUCCUCACUGGAUUGGUUCCAAUGCUUGGAUGGAAUAACCUCGAUAAUCUCGAAGGGAACCUCACCAGUUCCAGCGAAAUAGUUUGUGAAUUCACCGCUGUCAUGAGGAUGGACUACAUGGUGUACUUCAAUUUCUUUGGCUGGGUUGUGGUUCCUCUGUCCAUAAUGAUCGCUCUGUAUGCGGAGAUCUUUAGGGUGAUCCGGCGACAGCUCAACCGGCGCGCUGAAGCCACGUGUGAUGCAGAGAGGUACUUUCGGAAGGAGCUGAAACUGGCCAAAUCUCUGGCCUUGGUGGUGUUCCUCUUCGCUGUGUGUUGGCUGCCAAUACACAUCAUGAACUGCAUUGACUUCUUCUGCCCUGAGUGUAGCAUACCCAAGUUUGCCAUGUAUGUGGGCAUUUUCAUGUCCCAUGUGAACUCAGCACUCAACCCAAUGGUUUAUGCGUUCAGGAUAAAGGUGUUCCGUCUCACGCUGAUCAAGAUCACUCGCCACUGCAUGUUAUGUAAACCCUCAGAGCCCACCCCGUGCCCCACCAGCACACCUACCCUGACUGAGAAGGUGGAUGUAAAAAUUUAACAAAGAACAAGGGAUGUGCAAAAUGAACAAACACAUCUUGUUGAAGUAAUUUGGCCGGCCUGUACCAGGUAACAGUGGUCAUGAGUCCCAGAGUUUUCCCAACUGCUGCUCACUCAUGCGGGCUGUCGGAUAAUGGUGCAGUCGCUCAUGUCUAAACUGAUGAUAACUCAAUGCAUUGAAGAGAAGUCUUAUGGGACGGUCAGCACUAGCUGUCAAAUGUGCAUGUGUUAUUGAAAAACUUUCGCCAUAUUAUGCAAAAAAAGUCAAACUUGAAAGAUUUGAUACAUUGACAUGUAUCAACUUAAUGGAACCGAUAAUGUGAAAAGGGUCAACCCAUCGCUACAAAGAACUACAGCCCUCCUUUGUAGAUGGCAGUAAGAUGGUGCCCCGAUGGCACUCAUGAGAUAAUUGAUAUUUGGAAUGUUGAGUCGUGGGACAAGUUCAUAUCUGGCCCAUUUGUAUCUCUUUGACACAAAAGAUUUUAAGAAAAGUAAGCCUCAUCAAGUUGCAUUAUUUUGUUUUUAUUUAAGGCCUCCUUAUUUGAUUCAUAUUGAAUUGUACUAUAUUGUCAACAGGAUAAGUGAUGCAAACACACAUUUCUUUCUAAAUUCACCAGAAUAAACAAGCAUGCCAUUUUCAUUUAUAAUACUAAUGUUACUGUUCUUAUUUCGCAUGUACAACUAUUUAAAUGUUAUAUGUAAAUUGUUUAAAUAUUUUAAACAAGAGUCUGCAGCAACGUUGGGGCUGUAUUUGAGCAAAAUGGUUAUUUGAGGUAAAUACUAACUCAAUGAUCAAUUCUAGCAUCUAGAAUGCUAAUUAUCCAUAAAGCUACAAAACCAAAUGGAGCAAUUUAAUAGUAUAGUAUAAUAGUAACAUGUAAUCAAUCCAGCCAUUACUCUUUGUCACAGGAUGCAUCUCUUCAGCUAAUUCAGUUAGUUUGAGCCAUUUUUCAAUAGUCGUGGCAAGGUGUUGAAAAGGCUCUGAAGUAUUUGAGCAAAUUACCAAGAGAGCUUUAUGCUGUGGUGAUUUAUUCCAACUGUAAAGCUAAAGCUUCAGCUAAAGCUGCACCAGUUCUGCUUUGUCAUCAGUUUGACUUCCCCCUGGAUCCCUUCCGUGCCACACUGAACAGAACCUAAAGCAUAAGAAAAAAAUGUCUAAACUUGUUUAGAAUAUGCAAGUUUAAGUUUUUGAUUCGAUAUGUGCAUUUGAUGUGCCUAUUGCAUGUUAUUGUUUUGACCAAUUUUUGUGUUAAUUCACUACUCUGGUAUGCUUGGUCCAUUUGUAAAUGACACUUUCCUUGUAAACCCUCACUCUCUAUCUGUCUGUCUCAGUGUGUCCCUCACAAACAUAUCAAUACGUUUUUUACCAUCUGUCACCUUCAUCCUCGAUGAGGGAUUUAAAACUGCUGAGUGUGUUCUAAUCCCCAGCCCUCUUCUUAGUGAGGGAGGUGCUGCAUCACCAGCCUGGCAUUAACCAUCUUAGCACCACACACUCCUGUGGCCCUGCAAGGUGCUGAAGGGGCAUGAGCAUGGUCUAACUUACUGUGAAGACAAAAAGCCAAGAGGUUCAAUUUUGUGUGCGCAUCUUAUUUUGCUCCUAAACUAAUCAUCUUUGAGGUAAGACCAUUCACAUUCAUCUUAAAACCAAAAAAAAAACAGUACUUGGGUAUGCUAAAUGUAUUUCCUUAAACUUUAUCAUAUCAAUUUUCUCAGACAACUAAAGAAAACUUGAAUAUUCCAGCACGAAAACCACAUUAAAAUGGCUGAUGCUGAUGCAGCAGACGGUGCCCAGGACCCUGAGGCUCCGGUGGAAGAGCUGGAUACCGAACAUGAAGCUUUGCUACACUUUGGUAAAUACUCUGAAGCUCAGCACUCCAUACCUUGGGAGCAGAAGACCUUUAGACAAAAGGCAAACUUUCAUAUGGACCGCAUCUUCCUCGGAUUCUUGGUCAUUUUUUUCCUUGUGUUUCUGGGAGAGUUUGUCUAUAAAAUGUGGUAUGUGACAAAUGUGAAAGCGAUUGCAGAGUUUGUGUCAGAUUGCUUGGUCUUUCUGUUCAACUGGCUCUUUACCCAGACAAGACAGGAGGAGUUGUUUGAAUUGUAGGUUGUGAAAAGAGGAUAACCAAUUAUAUGUAUUAUCUUAUGUGUGUUUUCUAAAUAACAAAUGGCCAGUAAAGAGUUAUAGCUAACCGUCCUAACCAGAGAUACAGCAAUGUAACGAUUUCUGGACUAUGUUUUUUGAUGGAUCU